CUUCAACAUCUGCAAACGUCCCAUGCCAAAGCAUGUCGUUCCCCCAAGCAGCGCCGCCCAAGAAGCCCCUCGACGAGUUCGUUCGUCUAGCGGAUAAUGUCUUGCUGUACGCGCCCUCCUCCUCCUCUGGUGCGGGCAACAACGUGUCCAAUGACAUGCUCAUCGUGUCGUGCACGUGGAUGGGCGCAGCAUCGAAGCACAUAGCAAAGUACACAGAUGGAUACAAGACGCUCUUCCCGUCCGCCGCAAUCCUGCUAGUCCGCAAUAACCUGUCAGACAUGCUGUUCGCGUCCAGGGCCGACAAACGACUCGACCCCGCGCUGUCCGUCAUCAGGAAAUAUGCGCAGACACGACAUUCCAAAGCGCCGCCCAUGAUCCUCAUCCACUCGUUCAGCAACGGCGGCGCAAACCAACUCAUCAGCCUCUCAACCCUCUUCCUCGCCGCCGAACACCGGCCCAUCCCCGCCCGCGCCCUCAUCCUCGACAGCAGCCCCGGCACCGCAACCUGGCAGCGCAGCCACGCGGCCAUCACCCUCAGCCUCCCGCGCAACAACCCGCUCAUCCGCAUCCUCGGCGCCCUCCUCGUCCACGCCCUGCUCCUCGCCGUCGCACUCUACCACAUCCUCACCCGCUCCGAGCACCGCAUCACUACUAACAACAGACUGCUGAAUGACCCGGCGCUGGUGGAUCGGCGGGCCAGGCGCGUGUAUGCCUAUUCGAGGGCGGAUGUCAUGGUUGGGUGGGAGGAUGUGGAGAGGCAUGCGGGGGUGGCGCGGGAGAAGGGGUGGGGGGUGGAGUUGGUGCGGUUUGAGGGGAGUGCGCAUGCCGGGCAUGUGUUGGAGGAUAGGGCGAGGUAUUGGGCGGCGGUUGAGCGGGCUUGGGGGGGUGCAUGAGGGGACGCUGUGUGUCUGUCUGCGUGAGAGGAGGCUGGUUGUGGGCGGAAUGGGUUGGAUUGGAGUGGGUGGGAUAGUCAGAGUUUGGGAUGAUGUUGUUGAUGUGUGCACUUUGGGAUGAUAUAUGGGUUGAUUUGAGGCUAUUUGGGUUAUUAUAGGCGUUGGUAAUUAGCUAAUGGUGCUUGUAUUUAUGUAGGGUUUUUCAUGCUGGUGUUCGUAGGUACUAAUUAAGUUAGAUCUUACCAGUAGUAGGUACCUUACUGGGAUUCAAGGUUAUGUAAGCCAGAUGAGCACAUGAAUCCACUUCCUUGGC